UCUCCCCGGUGAGAUGGUACCCUAGGCUGCGCCUCCCUUUCGACCAUCACUUCUUCGUCCCCGCUUUCUUUGGCCUUCGCCUUUUAUUCUUUUUCCCCUUUGCUUUUGUGACGACCCCACCUUGCGUGUUUCCGCUGACGAAAACCUCGUUUUAUCUCACGCACACGCACACGACACAACUCACGAUGAGCCUCACCGUUCGCUCCCGCAAGUUCUGCUGCUGUCUGCCGGUCAGAUUCGGCGUCUUCUGUUCCGCGCUCUUGGGUAUCGCGUACAGUACCGCUUUCUGUGUACUUGGAUGGCUUGAGGUCCACAAGUAUGCGAUCAAGCAACUCGUCAUCUCCAAGGACGAGCUCGCUGGGCUUGUACUGUUCGCCCUCGCGUACACAUUUAUGCUCCUGUUCUCGGUCAUGGGUUUGAUUGGCGCUAUCGGAGCGGUCCGGCCCUUCGUGAAGGGCUACGGCAUUUCUCUGACGACCAACACCGUCAUUACCAUCGCUAUCGGCAUCUGGUGGUGCUACAGGUUGUUCCACGUCAACCAGAGCCAGUGCGAAAGCCAGGCCAAGACACCUGAUGAGCAGCAAGUUGCGCACUGGGUCUGCGAAAAGGGUUCCGACGCUGUCCGCAUCAUCAUCGUCAUCAUUAUGGUGCUCGUCUGGCUGUUCCAGAUUGCCGGAUGCGCCAUCGUGUUUGACUACUGCGGUCAGCUCAGCGACGAGGCCGAGGCUGCUGCCAACGACUAUGGCAGCAAGGACGUGCCGGGCAUCAACCCCUACCCGCCCCCGACCGCGAACAUGCGCACUACGUACGAGGCGCAAGCCACGCCGAUCAUGAAGAGCGCCUAUGACCAGGGCUCUUGGAGCCAGGAUGCGUCGAAGCCCCCGUAUCCCUUCGCCCAACCCGAGAACUCGUACGGCCAGAGGAGCGACACGAACGUCUAAGAGCAUAAAGACGCUGUCUACUUGGUUAGCCAUGCAGCUGAGCGAACGCAGUUCGUCGGAGAUAUUUACCUUACUGUUUGCAAUUGUACAUGUCUUGGAUAUUCGGAGUAGGCCAAUGACUAAUGAUUUGGUGGUCGAACUAUACGUUCGUGUGCUGUUGGUGCGAUAUUGCAGUGGAUGUUAUCGGGUACCUGUAUGGCUCGGCGACAAUGCAUGAUGAGUAUGCCUGUGAUUCUGUUCGUCGUAUUCGGCGGAAGCAUGCUUGUGUCGUAUACCGAGUUCUCGUACGCCAUGUACUUAGCCAACAUCGACUCUUCUGUGCUUUCCGUGCCGCAUGAAGGCCGGUCGGUGGUGGCG